CCCUUAAUAUUUGCAUUCCGCCUCGCACUCGGUCUCUCUGUCUCUCUCACUCUCAACCUCGUCUCCCCGAAUCCGCGGCCAACUUCUUCCUGAUUUCUCUAUCGCUCUCUGUCAGUCGCACGUGCUCUCACUCAGUCGCUCCCGCUCUCACAGUCGACUCGCUCUUUGAGUGUCGCUCCCGCUCUCAGUCUCCCUUUCUCGAUUUUUCUGUCUCCUUGAGACACAAAUUCCUCUCCGCUGAGCUGGGAUUUUGGGUUUCGUAGGAAUCUAAGGGAGGAAGAAAUUGAAGAAUUGUCCACGCUGUUCUUAAGGUUGGAACACGUGGUGCUGGUUCAGAACAGAAGUGACACUAGAGCAUGGAAGUUGGAGUCCUCAUGAGAAUUCUCCUGUAAGUCAUUCUCUAGGCAUCUGAUGGGUAACCCCCAACCAACUCCCUACUCUCCCUCCUUUGUAAUAUGGAAAGGUAAAGCCCCUCAUAAGGUUAGAUUAUUAGCUUGGCUAAUCAAACAAGGCAGAGUCAACACUUGCGACUUGGUUCAAAGGAAAAGACUUGGCUGGUACUUUUCCCCUAACUGGUGUGUCAUGUGCAAAAAAAAUAGUGAAACCGUAGAUCAUCUGUUCUUGUUAUGUCCUAUUGCCGCUUCCCUGUGGGCUAAGCUAUUUCAGGAGGCAGGGCUAACGUGGGGCAACUACGCAACUUGUAAUGCAGUGCUGGAAGCAAGACUGAACUUUUUUGGCAGUAAGAGGAAGGGAUCAGUGGUGGGAAAUUGUGCCAUGAUGGCAAUAUUUUGGGUAAUUUUGGGCAAAGGAAUAGGAGGAUUUUUUAGGAUAUGGCUGGAGAUGAGAUAGAGCAGCUUUGGGAUCGUAUCCGAUUCUGGACUUCAUUUUGGGUUUCUGUUUCAGCAGAGUUUAGGGAGAUUAGUUUUCAGCUCAUCCAUCUAGACUGGAAAGCAGUAGUCUUGUAGUGCAGAGGGUUACCCCUCUAAUUGUUUGUUUGAGCUGAAAUGGAAAGGAACUCAGCAGCAUGUGUGAUGGAAUGGAGCAUAGAGCUAGAAAAGGCCCUGCGCUCCAAGAAACCAGGUCGAUCGCUCGAAGGCAUUUCAGAAAUCAGUCCAAGACUUCAACAGUUAAGUGAAGAACCAGACCCUUCUGCAGCUGUCUACCACUUGUUCGACCUAAUUCCUGGGGAGGACAAGAUCUUCUCCAAUGCCAUCAUUCUUCGUCUUGCCAAUGCCUUCGAAUUUGGAGACAAGCACACAAGGGUCUGUAUUGUCAAGGCCUUUCUGUUUGAGUACAGGAAGAGGAACAAACGGAAAGAGUACAAAGGAGUUUUGUGCGAAACUCGGGUUCAUAUGCAGGCAGAAUUGCUGAGGAGAGUUAAGGUUGUGUUUGACAAUGAGGAUGUUGAAGAUCGGGCUUUGGCUUUGGGUCUGUUUGGCUGUUGGGCACAUUUUGCUAAACCGACUGCGAGUAUGCAAUACUUGGUGCUUUCUAGUAUGGUUUGUUCUCAUGUCUUGGAGGUACAAGCAGCGUUAUUUGCAGCAGGAUGUUUUGUUGAGUUAUCAGACGACUUUGCAUGUGUUGUCUUGGAGAUGCUGCUUCAUAUGAUGAGCUCACCAGAAACGUUGCCUGCUAUAAGGUUGGCCGGAGCACGAUUAUUUGCCAAACUUGGGUGCUCCCAGUCUCUUGCAAAUAAUGCUUACAAGGCAAGUCUAAAAUUGCUGUUGGAGUUCUCAGAUGAGUAUUACCAGGUUGCGAUGCUGGUUUCCCUCUCAAAACUUGCUUCCAAGUCAACCAUUCUUAUAUCUCAGCAGGUGGACCUGCUUCUCUUGUUUCUUAGCCAUUAAAAAACUCUUCAUCUGCGAGCAACAGCAGUUAGAUGCCUACAUUUUAUUUUCAGUCAAGGAAUGUGUCAUGUUCCUGUAAAUGGAUAUCUUGUGAAAACAUUGUUAAGCAUACUAGAUGAACCUCAAAUUCCAACAUCCAUGCUAUGUGAAGUUCUUCAGACGUUACAUAAGAUGAUUUUAUUUAUGCCACCCAAUCUACCUACUGAUGUCCUUGAAUCUUCGAAGCUUUUAAGCAUUGCUGAGAAUGCAUCCCAAUCUCCUAUCAUGAUCGAGAGCCUGUUGGCUAUUUCUGUUUUAGUAGAUAUGUCAAGAAGACUAAAAGGAAGUACAGGGAUGGGAUCUCUUGUGCGUUGUUCCUCUCUUCAACCAUCUCAGGUGAUUUUGCUUAUCAUAGAUCAGAUCGCCAUAUUGGUGAAGCCAAUUUGGAUCUUUGUCAGGCUGACAGUGUUGAGUUUCAACAAGUUAACUGCCUGUUCAAUCUUCUUUUCCUUGUAAUCCGAGAAUAUCCGGAUUUACAUGUCUUAGUGCUGGAUCAAAUAUCUGUUUUAGUGAAGUCUCUGUUAUAUAAGGAUGACAAUCUCGUUGCGACAAUAGAAACAGAUGCGAUUGUUCAUCAUAGUGUAGACUUGAAAGGAGAGGAGUAGAAUUGUCAGAUCAAAGCUUCUAUUUAAGGUGUACAGAUUUUUAGUGACCUUUCUUGAAAAUCUCACUGAAGCUGGUGCCAUCUCCACUGAAGUAUUUGACAAAGUGAAGCUUCUGGUCGAACUUGUAUGCCAAAGCAACUUGUUUGAAUGUUAUACAUACACACUCUACUCUCUGUUGCUGCGUCGUCAAAAAAUUUGGGGUAACAUGGGAAAUGAGAGUGAGGGAAGUCGCAAUCCUGAUAAAAACUAGGGCAUAUCUCUUGAUAAUUACUCAAUGAACCAUGAACUUCGUACCAUUGAAUGUGCAAAGAGGAUGUUGGCAGAAAAAAAUAAUUGGCCUGCUUAUAAAGUCGGGGUGUAUGCGUGUCAAGGAGAUUGGCUGACCACGACUUUUAUAUUCAAGCAAUUAGUAUUAAAGGUUCGUUCUAAUUCCUGCAGCUGCUGGGUGAAGUCAUUAGUUCAAUUUGCUGAUUCUGAGAGGAAACUAGAGCUACUGCUAUUACCGAAACAAGGGUUAGAGACACAUAAAUUACAUCUUACCCCUUCCAAUAAUGAUUUAGGUUGCCAAGAUGCAGCGAGUAAUAUCAAGGAGCAUAUUUACAGCAAAGAGCUAGCAGCAGCUUACAAUGGUCUUUGUUCUUCUUUGGAAACAUUAAAAGUUGGUAAUGUCAAAACAGGCCACACUUCUUUUUUCCAACACUGGUUUUUGUCCUUAAGAUUGAAGGUAAUAAGGGCUGUGGUGGAUAUAGUUAAAAUUUUGGGAAACAUUCCAUUUGACCAGGACAACACUACCAAUACUGUGAAGGUCGAGAACAUAUCUUUGCAGAAAAUUAAUCAAAUAUCUCUGCAGUUGAAGAGGCUAGCACGAGAAUUUGAUCUAGUUACAACAUCUUUCAUUGACAUGGACAACAAGAGUUCAAAAAUAAUUUUGGAACUUGCAAUGAGUUGUUCGCUGUUGGCCUUCUGUACUGGAUUUGCUCUCUACAUUCCGAGCCUAACUAAAACUAUUUCUAAUAGUGGUCUGGGAAUUCUAGAGAGAGAUUUAGACGCAAUGUUGGUUCAAAAUCUAGUUGGACGGUUGGGGAACACUAACCAUGAAACCAGGAGAAAUCUAUGUCUGCUAUUGGAGCCGGGUAGAAAUCCCAUGGAUUGUUUUCACAUGCAGUCAAGAACCCAAGCAUGUAAGAUUGGUUCUAAAGCAAGGGAUAUUCUUAGUGUUUGUAAUUAUGCGGUUUCAGGGAUUGCUGGCUUGAAACGUAAGGCAAACAGAGUGCAUAAUGAGGAAGGACUAUCCCAACUACCCAAGGAUGGCUUAAAGCUUCUGUAUGACAUUCUUAUGAAAUGGAUGCAAAUCCCUUUCCGUACUGCCACGUACUUCUUUAAAUUCAGGCCUUGCCGUGGGUCAGAACUCUUCACUGUCAACGAAACUAGAAACCCAGAUGGAAUAUAUGUUUCCCCAGGCUUCAACUUGUCAUUAAAUCUGUGUCUUCAAUUAAGAAAUGUGGCACCAGAUAUUCCAGUCCGGUUUAAAAAUGUGUACUGCAUGCUCUACAGUAGCAUAUCCUUUCAGGAACCAACAGAAAGUGGAGUAAACAAUCAGCAAAAGCAAGGUACUUAUCAAGCUUGUGAAACUGAUGACAUGGUAGAGAUGAAUGACAAGCUGUUGCAGUAUGCAACAGAGUGCAGUACAAAAAAGAGUAAUAAGCGUCGAAGGGGCAACAAUGAUGGUGAGUUUGUAAAUUCGUUCUUGCGUUUCGAACUGAAUGAAAGAGGGCAAGGGUUCUCAAAUUGCUUGCUUGAUGUUUCUGCUUUUCCAGUGGGUUCUUAUAGAAUCAAAUGGCAUAGCUGUUGUAUUGAUAGCCAGGGUACUUGUUGGACCCUCCCCCAUUUGAAUUUGGGACCUGUAUUUACUGUACAUAGGUUAUAGGUUGAUUUGUUAAUAAAUUAAACCAAACUUGUAAAUGAUCUUGUUCUCUGAAUUGAUUCUACUGUAAA